UCCACAGAUAAAGAAACGAUUUGAUUGAUAAAGAUCUAAUUGUUUGUUGUAUAAUACAAUGAACAAUUCGAAAACUAUUAUUUUGGUGUAGCUGGGACGACAUACUGCACUGAUUUUCGAGCCAUGGACUUCACUUAUCUCCUCCUCUUUACUUUUUUCACGAUCGGUUUCGUAAAUUUUUGCAAAUGGCUCAAAGACCGUAAGCGAAUUUGGGACGCAAUUGAGCCGAUCGGCGGCGAAAAGUGGUACCCUUUGAUCGGCACCUGUCUAGAACUGAUCAAGACCAAGCGGAAAGAUUUUUACGACGUGUAUUGUGCCAGAAACAUGAAAUAUGGACCUUUCUUUCGGACUUGGAUGGGCUUUAUCCCAGCUGUUCACGUCAUGAAGCCCGAUCAUGUUGAGCGCAUCCUCAGCAGCACGGUCAACCUAACAAAAGGCGACAACUACCGCUUCGUUGUGCCUUGGCUCGGAGAGGGCCUUAUAACGGGCUCAAACCAUAAAAAAUGGCGAGUCCACCGGAAGCUAAUAACGCCCACCUUCCAUUUCUCCAUCCUCGACAAUAUGAUGGAAGUCAUGGCCGAGAAAGGGCAAUUUCUCGCCGAACAGCUCGUGCCGAAAGCCAAUGGCCAAUUCUUCAACAUUUACCCUUUCCUGACCCUGUGCGAGCUCGACAUCAUCUGCGAAACCGCCAUGGGAGUCGAAGUCAACGCUAUGAAGCACUCGCAGUCGGAAUACGUUAGAUCUGUCUACGGAAUCUCGGACAUAAUGUUGUACCGCAUGUUCCACCCCUACUUGCACCCCGACUUUGUCUUCAACCUGUCAUCCAAGGGCCGUCAGCACAAGAAGUACCUGUCAAUUCUGCAUGGCUUCACCAGAAAGGUGAUACAAGAACGGAAGGAGAAACUAACAAGUGGAAGAGACGUCGUGCAGGAACUAAGCGAAGAGGACAAAUUGUUGGGCAAAAAGAAGCGGCUCGCUUUUCUAGACCUCCUGUUGGAAGCCAACAAAAACAGCGAAGGGGGACUGACGGACGAAGAUAUCAGAGAGGAAGUUGACACGUUUAUGUUUGCCGGUCAUGACACGUCCACUGUGACCGUAGGCUGGACUCUGUUCACCCUCUCCAACUACCCCGAGUAUCAGGAGAAGGUUCAUCAGGAGCUGGACGAGAUUUUCCAAGGGGAGGAACGACCGAUUACGCCACAAGACGUACUCAAGAUGCAAUAUCUGGACAAAGUGAUAAAGGAAACUCAGAGACUCAUUCCAGUGGUGCCGGUUAUCGCAAGGACUCUCGACCAGGACCUGGAAAUCGGAGGUCGCACGAUUCCUGCAGGCGUGAUGGUGGUGAUCCACUUAGCGCGUCUCCACAAGGACCCCGAUCAGUUUCCAGAGCCGGACCGCUUCGACCCGGAGCGCUUCCUUCCGGAGAACGUCUCCAAACGGCAUCCUUACUCGUUCGUGCCGUUCAGUGCCGGCCCCAGAAACUGCUUAGGCCAGAAGUUCGCUUUGAGAAACACCAAAGUUCUGCUCGCUUCCAUCCUGCGGAAGUACAAAGUGCGAGCAGAGAAGAAAAUUGACGAGAUGAAGUACAACAUCGAAAUCGUUCUCAGACCACAAGGAGGAUUGAGCGUGGCAUUGGAGCCACGUCGCAGAUGAGGAAAGUUUCUCCUUUUUGUAAAUUUAUCGUUUAAUAAAUAAUCAUAACUGA